AAAAAAAACCUUUUGAAAUAGACAGUACCAAUUAUUUUGAGUCACCUUUUUCACUAACUAUGUAUUUAUACACCUCUCUGUAUUUAAUUAUUAGUUAUUAUUGAUAUCUGGCUCUCCACAGCGUGUCUUCGUCCUGUCUUCCUCCCCUAACCCAAGCCGGUCACGGCAGAGGCCUCCCCUCCCCACCAUGAGAAUGGUUCUGCUGGAGGUUUCUUCCUGUUAAAAGGGAGUUUUUGUUCCCAUCAUUGCCAAAGCUGGACUGUGUGCACUAGGCAUGAAUGGAGGACCCAAUGUGCAGACACCAGGAGGUAAAAAGUGCACUCAAAACAGUUUUAUUGCUCAACACGAACGUAACUAAACUGAAAAGAAAUGGAGAUCAUGACACAGACCAAGGAAAACAUAAGGCUUCAAUACACAGAGGGAUAACAAAGGAAUGACACACAAGAGGAGAGCACAGCUGGGAGUCAUCAGACAUAACGAGACCGAGGGGGAGCAAACCUGAAAACAUUAACAUGGGACACAGACUGUCAAAGUAAAACAGGAAAUAUAACGCAGUAACGUGGACAUGAUACUGAGACAGACAUGACAAAAGCAUAACACUGAACACAGGGAAGGCAUAUAAACAAAACCUAAGACUGGAAAUAAGGAGACACUAAAGAACUUGGGGAGCAAGAAAUAAAGAAACUAAAUAACAGAAUAUAGAUGAACAAAAUCAAAACCACUGGAUCACCAGACCCAGGUACCCUAACAAAAGCACUUUGCUCGUGGGGGUCCUAUGAUUGUGGGGUUUUCUCUAUUAUCUUUUUAAUGUUGUAGGAUCUUUACCUUACAAUAUUUAGUGCAAAAGAGAUUUAUAAAUAAAUGUGCUGUAUAAAUAAAACUGAAUUGAAUGUAGUCUUGGUUACAGUUUUUCUCAAAUCUUAAAACACAAAAGCCAAUCCUGUAACCCAAAUGACCAGUAGUCUAAACACAUUUACGAAAUGUAGCCACCAUAUUCCAGUACCAUAAACACAUGUCACAUGAAGACACAAUUCACAAAACACAACCCUCUGUACUCAUAAAUCUAAACACAUUUUCCCUUGCUAAAACACAUGUUGCAAAACAACUCUGCUCAUAUUCUCAAAUGAAAGCCCAUGUGAUGCAAAAUGCUUGCCACAGUCACCAAUCUUUGAACACAGGGAACACACCUGGCGUCAGUCACUACACACAAUGACUCAAAAUUGAAGACACCUGUUGCUAAUGAUGUGACCCCACCUAUAAAAGCAUAGUUUGGUGAAGAUGCCAAACAAUCACAAUGGAUGAAGGCAUUCGAGCGUGCGGAAGGAGAAGAGCUGCAGGCCAAAGAGGAAGAGGGGUUGAGAUCAGAGGAGGAAGAGGUGAAGGCCUAAGAAGAAGAGGAGUUCGGAGUAGAGGAGGAAGAGAAGGAGGCCAACAAGAGAGAGGAGAAGGUCCAGGUGGGAGAAGAAGACAACCUCGCACCAUCAUAACAGAUGAUAUGCGAGCAACAGUAAUUGAUCAUGUCAUUGUCCAUGGCAUGACAAUGGCUGAAGCGGGACGAAGAGUACAUCCAAACCUGAGUAGGUUCACCGUGGCCACCAUUAUCAAGGCAUUUAGACAACACAACAGAGCUGAAAGAAUGCCACAUAGAGGUGGGAGGGUUGCCAUAUUCACAGCGGCACAAGAAACCCUCAUUGCAGAUAUGGUCCGUGAGAACAACUGCAUUAGACUCCGAGAGAUCAGAGACAAAGUCAUUGCAGAUAAUGUAAACUUUGAGAACAUUGAUGCUGUCAGCGUGUCCACAAUAGACCGAGUUCUCCGGCGCCAACAGAUGAGGAUGAAACAGGUCUACAGGGUUCCCUUUGAGCGCAACUCUGCGCGACACAUAGAACAACGUUACGAGUAUGUGCAAAGGAUAAUGCAGUUGGACGCGAUGGCCAGACCCCAUGAGUACCUCUUCCUGGAUGAGGCUGGCUUCAACCUCCAGAAACGAAGGCGAAGAGGCCGUAACAUCAUUGGCCAAAGAGCCAUCACUGAGGUUCCUGGCCAACGGGGGGGUAAUAUUUACACUAUGGGUACGGAGGGGCUUGUCCACCGGCAUGCUGUCCUUGGGUCUUACAACACCCAACGUCUCCUCACCUUCCUAGAGGAGCUAAAAGACAUCCUCCUGGACCGUCAACAACACCAUCCUAGGCUAGCACAUCACAUGUAUGUGAUCAUUUGGGACAACGUCCGCUUCCACAAAACACACCAAAUCAGAGAGUGGUUCACCACCAACAGUGACCACUUUUUAAACGUCUGUCUGCCACCCUACUCCCCUUUCCUGAACCCUAUAGAGGAGUUCUUCUCAUCAUGGAGAUGGAAGGUGUAUGACAGACAGCCAUACACAAGAGAGAACCUCGUACGGGCAAUGGAGCUGGCCUGUGCUGACAUCCCAGUGGAGGCCUUCCAGGGAUGGAUUCGCCAUUCCAGGGCGUUUUUCCCGCGGUGCCUAGCAAGGGACAAUAUAGCCUGUGAUGUGGAUGAGGUGAUGUGGCCCAAUGCAGCUCGGCGACAUGAUGCCGCACAGUGA